CGGGGAGCUGCAGAAGUGGACUCCAAGGCCUCCUGUUAUUUUGCCUCCCAGGUGCCAGCGACAGAGAUCUCUCGGAUUGUCUAUAGCUUUCUAAAAGAGGGAAGUGGCUCUCUUUGCGACUCCCAGAAGUGCCAUGGGAAUGCCAAGGAUUCAGCUCAAUCCCAGUGUGAUUCAGGAAGGCAUCCCUGCAUGAACAUGACUGAGGAAUGAUGCUUGAUGAGACUCCGCUUCCCUACACGAGUCCCUGCUGGCGAUUCCCUCAAACGCAGUAACAAGAGACAAAAGCCGGAGAGAGGCGGCUGGAGCGACUGGAGGCGGAUCCAAGUGCAGGACACAGGCACGGAGACAGACUUGGACUUGACUCGGACUCGGAACCAGGACUUGGACUUGACCAGAACUCGGAACCAGGACUUGGACUUGACUCGGACUCGGAACCAGGUGACGGUCCAGCUCCGAGCAGCUGUCAGCCGGAGCUUUAUGCUGCCGGCUCAGAUGGGAAACAGGAUCAGGGUGUAACUGCAAGACCAGUAUGUGUUACACAUCCUAAUUUUCACUGGGAAUUGUCCUCGGAGAGGAAAUCUGCCACCUUUUCCUCAUAUGUGACUCCAGCCCAAACAGCCCGGUUGACUGUCCUUCACGGUUAUGUGGCGAUUCGAGAUGCUGCAUUGCCACCGAUGUCCACAACCCCUUCCCGUCUGGUGUUCAUCAGCAGGAACUGGCUUCAAUCCCUGUUGCCUACUCAUGAAACUGCAGAACACGUAAGCAGUAAUAGAAUCAGCAUGCUCUCUUCUCAUGUUGCCAUCGGGGAACCCCAGCAUCGAUGCCACGCUGUCUUCUCACUGCUCUGUGUGACCCUCACCACCCAGGCCAUGCUCUCUUCUCAUGUUGUGUGACCCUCACCACCCAGGCCACGCUCUCUACUCACUCCUCUGUGAUUCUCACCACCCAGGCCAUGCUCUCUUCUCACUGCUCUGUGUGACCCUCACCACCCAGGCCAUGCUCUCUUCUCACUCCUCUGUGACCCUCACCACCCAGGACACGCUCUCUUCUCAUGCUGUGUGACCCUCACCACCCAGGCUAUACUCUCUUCUCAUGCUGUGUGACCCUCACCACCCAGGACAUGCUCUCUUCUCGCUGCUGCCAUCAGGUAGAAGGUACAGGAGCCUCAGGACUCACACCACCAGGUUCAGGAACAGUUCCUACCCCUCAACCACCAGACUCUUGAACAAAAUGGAUAACUGCACUCAUUCUACUUCUGGUGUUCCUACAACCGAUGGUCUCACUUUAAGGACACUUUAUCUUGUUAUUUCAUGCUCAUUAUUUAUUGGUAUUUAUUUAUAUUCAAUUUGCACAGUCUGCGUCCAUUAAUCCUGUUUACAGUUACUGUUCUAUAGAUUUGAUAAUUAUGUCUGCAGGGAAGAA